CCGUGAGUAGUAGCCUAGAGUCCAGCGAAGUAGACUUCUCAGCCACAAAGUCCAACCUCAAAGUCCAGCGAGCAAUGCAGAUACCUCCGCCUUGAAAUCCAGUUUCGGCCACCAGGCUUCACGGUCCACGCUCCAGCGAUCCCUAGCAGCGAGUCGAGCUACUAACCGGCGACAUCCUCAGGCGGUGAUGAGCAGCGACAUUGAUGGCGGACGGCGACUUCCAAGCGACGAGAGAACAGCGAACUGGACGGUCAAGCGAAGACCAGGACCUCCAGUUUCAGCAGCAACCUCCAGUGGCUUCAAUCUCUGACAGAGAUGAUGAACCAGCUACGACAAGCGGCGGUUCAGGCAGCGAAAGGUUCCGGCGGAGUACAGCGGCGAGGCAUCCACUAGAUUCAACCGGCGGUGGGCAGCGGCGGGCGUCAGUGAGCGACGGCGGAGGGCAAAAUCCAGCAAAAUCGAUGACGGAGACAGCCCCUGUCUCUGAUACCACUGUUGAGGAUCGAUUCUCUGAUACCACUGUUGAGGAUCGAUUCCGUCGACGUAUUCCGGCUCAGGCAGUCCGGAGCUCGGUUUUCCGGUUGUCUCUUGUGCACACCUAGGUUAAGGGAGCAACACACAUUUCUAGCCUCGCCAACACUCACCCUCCUAACCUCACCAAGAAGAAGGAAAGCUACCUCACUAUGAGCACUCUCUCUAGCAGGAAGAAAAGGUUCAACUAAUGAAAUUCUAUGGUGUGUCUUUCACUCACAGAACAAAGGGUGCAGGGGUGUGCUUAUAACAGAGAAGCAUUUUGGCCUUAUUAGUAGGGACACUCAUAAUUCACUGCACACACAACUCACCACUAGCUCAAUAAUGAGCUGAAUUCAAAUUCUAACGAGAGAGACAAAUAUUGAUAGGCCAGACAGAUAAAAGGGUAAGUGUAGUGGGCUGCUAGACAGUGUGUUAACUAUUAUUAAUAUAAAAAAACGUUUGGGCCAACAAUAUAUUAUUCGUAACAGUGAUCGGCACACUGUGUGCACGAUGGGCUGAUCAUACGGUAUUAUUUGCGUACUCUGGUAGUUUCAGACACAUUGGAGCUGGACUAUAUUGAUCUUUUUUACUUACGCUAUACUUUAUAUAUAAAAAAAUAUAAACUGUUGUGCUAAUGGCCUGCCAUCUAUUUCCUAAAUUGUAAAACCCC